GCGAGAGAGAGAAAGAGAGAGAGAGAGAGAGAGCGAGGCACUGUAGGCAGGCAGGCGGGGAGAAGGAGAGAAGGCGGCGGGUAUCGGAGUGACAACGCCGCGGUGGUGCUGUCUGUCUUUGUUCAGGAAACCCGGCGUCGGACUGGAUGUUGGAUUUGUUUCUCGUUCUCUGGAUUUGGAUCAUCAGGGGCUAGGAUAACUUCGCAUGGGACAAAACCCGCCUUCUUUUAAUGUCAUCCAGCGAUUUGUUUCGCCCGGCGUGUUGACGCCAGAGGAGAGGAGAGGAGGAAACGGGAGGCUUUCCUGGAGGAGCGCGAUUGACAGAUAGGGCGACAUGCAUGUACACGCGUUUCCGUCCAGCAGCUGUACAGGAUAGACGCACACAAACACUGCGUUUUGUUUUCAUGUGAGAUUUCCGGAGCUUGUAACGCAGCAACGUGGCUCGGUUUAACGGGAACAAGGAAAUGAUGCUCGGCUGCAUGCUUGAGGAUCUGCACCAUAUGGCUGUGUGUUAAUAUCGAUAUGCACGGCGUGGAAUAAUGCAUCGAGACACAACUUUACCCACGUUUUACGAUCUCUCCUAAUCAAAGUGCAUUUAUGUGUUAGCCUGGCGUGUGCUCUAGUAAUCCUGUUAUUCUUGAAUAUAGCUCAGUGCUUCAGUAGACGCCAGUGCCAUUUAUCUGUCAGCCCCUGAAUCCCCGUGUUGGUGUAUGAUUUACAUAUUUAACCAAAUCCUGCUGCGCAUUGAUGUCUGUGAUUGCGUUGCGAAGAUAAAACCUCAAAGCUGGUGAGCUGUGCUGCCAAAUGAUUGCUAAACUGUAGAUGUAGGCAGGCCUAACCUUCGCGUAUGCAGAUCCAAUCGAUAGCGAGAUAAAGACAGCUCUGGCAGGCUGUUUAUGCUCCUCUGGAAGUGUCACGGGGGUGUGUUUAAAAUCCGACAUAUCUAUUUUUUUAAACAUUGCCCCCAGGCAGCAGGGAGGCAGAGAGAGAGAGGAGGGGAGACUGUCCAAACGCGGUGCAGUCUCAGAGAAAAACAGUGCAAGGCGACGUCUCAAGAAAAGUUUCAAUGGUUUUCCGAAAGUUGCCCGGUGUGUCGGCAUCGGGCAUGGGUCUACGCCUGUCCCAGAAAUUCGUCUUUCUGCUCUUUCUCUCGGGUUUGGUAACGCUGUGUUUCGGGGCCCUUUUCUUUUUACCCGACUCGGUUCGACUAAAGCGCAUUUUUCUGUCCAAAACCGAGACCCAGCCUGUCACUGUCGGCUCCGGGUCCGAGAACGAUGCCAGGGAGCACUUAAAAAGACCCAAGGAGCAGGACCACGGUCCGAGGGGCAUGACCCCGGCCAAAGGAGAGACGAGCAGCUCCAAACUGAAGAGCCUGAGCCGCAAACCGCCCGUCUCUCAUGAGGCUACUGAGGAGAGACUCGCCGGGGGGAAAGCGCAGGAGGAUUUCACUCUCCCCAAGUCCAAGACGGAGUCUUCAGGCUUGGAUAAAGCGACCGCUUCGGACCACAGCUCGGAUACUUUCAGUUUCCAGAAGUUCAAAAGGUGUCUGCUUAAACAUCCUUUGGGGAGGAACAACGGUAAACCGAGCGACCCCAAGACCAACGAGCGCCGGGAGAAAGUUAAAGAGAUGAUGAAGUUUGCCUGGGACAACUACAAGCGCUACGCCUGGGGCAAGAAUGAGCUGCGGCCUUUGACGAGAAACGGUCAUAUUGGCAACAUGUUUGGUGGUCUGAGAGGAGCAUCCAUCAUUGACUCUCUGGACACACUUUAUAUUAUGGGAUUGAUGGAGGAGUACAAUGAUGCUAAGGAGUGGGUGGAGAGCAGUCUGGACCUGAACUCGAACGGCGAGGCAUCGCUCUUUGAGGUGAACAUCCGUUACGUUGGCGGCUUGCUGUCUGCGUACUACCUGACAGGAGAGGAGCUGUUCAAGGCUAAAGUGUUAGAGCUGGGAGAGAAGCUGCUGCCUGCCUUCAACACUCCGACAGGAAUCCCCCGAGGAGUCAUCAACCUGGGGAGCAGUGGCACCAGUUGGAGCUGGGGCUGGGCCUCAGCUGGGAGCAGCAUCCUGGCUGAGUUUGGGACCCUCCACCUUGAGUUUGUCCAUCUGACCGAGCUCUCCAAGAACCCCAUCUACAGAGAGAAGGUGAUGAACAUCAGAAAACUACUGAACAAGAUCGAGAAACCACACGGUCUGUACCCAAACUUCCUCAGUCCAGUGAGCGGCAACUGGGUCCAACAUCACGUUUCCAUCGGUGGCCUCGGGGACAGUUUCUAUGAAUACCUGAUUAAAUCAUUUCUGAUGUCAGACAAAUCUGAUGAGGAUGCAAAGAGGAUGUACUACGGUGCGCUGGAGGCAAUUGAAGCCAACCUGGUACAGAAGUCAGCUGGUGGUCUCACUUACAUAGCCGAGUGGAGAGGAGGGAUCCUUGAUCACAAGAUGGGCCACCUGGCCUGCUUCUCUGGAGGUAUGAUUGGCAUUGGUGCCGACGAUGGAGUGCCAGAGAAGAGGCAACACUAUCUGGACCUGGCUGCUGAGAUCACACAUACGUGCCACGAGAGCUACACUCGCUCAGCCACCAAACUGGGACCAGAGGCAUUCAGAUUUGAUGCCGGAGCUGAAGCCACAGCAACCAGGCUGAGUGACAGAUAUUACAUCCUCAGACCAGAAGUCAUCGAGAGCUACAUGUACAUGUGGAGGCUGACGCACGACCCAAAGUACAGAGACUGGGGCUGGGAGGCUGUCGAGGCCUUGGAGCAGCACUGCAGAGUGGAGUCUGGCUUCUCUGGGAUCCGUGAUGUUUAUACCACGACAGACAGCCACGAUAACAUGCAGCAGAGCUUCUUCCUCUCAGAGACACUCAAGUAUCUGUACCUGCUCUUCUCCGAUGACGACCUCCUCCCUCUUGAGGACUGGGUCUUCAACACAGAGGCCCAUCCGCUGCCCAUCGUCCGUACGAGCUGCCUGCAGGAUGAAAUCACACAGGACAAGACGGUCUCUGAAUAAGACCGAACACAGAGACUUUUUGCACAGUUCAGGUGCAAACACAGAGUCACACAAAUAUCGCAAACACCAAUUUUAAUGCAGGUUCAGAGUCUCUUCAGGAGCUUGUUAUGGACUCUCAAAUUCCUUUCCAGUAAAGGAUGUUGUCGUUUUACGCUGUGAUUGUAUAUCCUUUCGCCGGGUUUUACUUCCUGCUGGCACUUCUUUUUUGUGGACAAUCAAGACAAACAUGACUUUCAUGAAAAGAGCACCUUUUUCUUUCCUUCUUUCCUCUGUGAGGAAACCAGUAUAACUUGCAGACCCAAAUGUACGGGAGGAAGGUUGAACUACGGGCCAUAUUGUUAGAAAGAGAGAGAAACGUAUAGAAAACCACUUGAGUUUUGCUCUUUGAGUUCAUCGUUUUGUUAAUCUUUGGUGAUGAAUGAUUUCCUUCUUUCUUGUCAUGGCAUUUUUUCCUUUGUGAGUACACUCUUUGACCAAAGGUUUCUUUGCAUUUCUAUUUCCCUCUUUUUUUCCACUAAUGUGUUUCUGGUGAGAUUUGACUGAAGGUAAAAUUUCUAAAAGGGUUGAAUUGUAAUGAGUAUUGAUUAAUGUACAGACAAACAUGAAAUGUGAUCCUCGAAGCCACCUCCAAACUAACGUUGAUGUCAUGUUUCUUACUGAAACAAGCUUGAAUGAAUUUUUUCAAGUGAGGAGGUGUCAGGAAAGUGACAGUGUCUUAUGCAUCCAGGGACCAUUUGUUUAAAAAACUGAAGUUGGGUUGUGUUUCCUCUGUAUGCUUGGGUUAUUUUGUGAAUAGGGCGAUGUUUUCUCAGUCCUCUCAGCCUUUAAAGUCAACGUGACAAAUGUUCUGUCAGUUCUGUGGCUGUAUCACACACACAAAAGGAAAAAGACCACAUUUCCGAGCCGACUUCAAAUGAGUUUUCCUGCUUCUGUUGUACUUUCUCUGCCUUUUACAUGUGAAUCCAUACAGCUGCCAAUACUGAUGUUAAAGGCUGUAAGCCCGAGAGCCGACUGCAGAGCCGAGUUUUCAUUUUCAUCACUGUUCUUUUCAUCACCGCUGUCCUGCACAGUUGUGGAGCGAAUGUGCUGUACAUACAGAUGAAGUGAGUGAACCCUGUAUGAGCUUGUCUUGAUUUGAUUUUGUGAUUUUUUUUCUCUCUGAACUUCAGUGGUUAUUUUUUCUGGGUUCUCUUUUGAUUUGCUUCCCUCAGGUGUAUCAGUAAAGAAAAAAAAAAUAACUAAAAAGUUCUGAUUUUAAGUCUAGUUAUUGCUGAUAUUAAUUAUUGUUAUUACUUAUUCUUACUGUUUGAUUUAACUUUCAUUGUUGAAUAUUUUUCAAAUACUGAUAAAAAAGACCUGUGCAACUUUGUACAUUUAAACAA